AUGGGAAAAGUCUAUGAAUACUCCUUCUGCAACAUUGCUGCAACAUCGGCCUCCCGUGGUCAAGGCGGAUUGUAUAGCUGGCGAGAUUCUCAUUUGAUCACACCACAUACAGCACGGGUCAACUGGAAGGGGCAUGAGAGCGAAUACGUCUUCUUCCUGGAUAGUCACUGGUUCAAGUCUAUUUCUCGAGCACCUUUAAAUGGGCGAGGCUGGGUCUUUCAAGAGCGCUUAUUGAGCCCCCGAACCAUACACUUUUCCUCUCAACUAUUCUGGGAAUGUAGGACACUCAAAGCCUGCGAGACUUACCCCUGUGGCUUGCCCUCUGAACCAUCGAUACUUGGUGAUGAUGUAGAUCAGACCUUUCCAGGAAGCACUAAGGAUUGGAGAGAUGGUCUUGAAAGGGACGGUGUUGAGCAUUGGGAACUGUUGACACAGAUGUUCUGCAGGUGCUACCUCACGAAAGAAUCGGAUCGUCUUGCUGCCAUUGCAGGUAUAGCAAGUCAAGCACAACUUCUGCUCAAUGACGAGUAUUUGGCGGGUUUAUGGAAGAGACAGCUCCCUCAUGGGUUGCUCUGGAAGCUGCAGAACAUGGUUGGACAAGAUGACUUGAUCGUCACUAGACCAACAAAAUAUCGAGGGCCUUCGUGGAGUUGGGCGUCUCUCGACUUUGAAGCUGCAAAUAUCAACAUCUUGGACCGCGAAGGCAUCGACCGGAAUUUGGUUGAAAUCACCGAGGUGAAAAUCGAGAGCAGCACUGAUCAGAUUUACACCAACGUGACCGGGGGUUAUAUACGCGUUCUUGGCAAGUUGGGCCAAGUCAACCUCCCCAAGCUCGAAGACGCAGAAUGGAGAGGUGAUAGGGGCGGACACUAUACCUUUGAGUUCUCUCUUGACGUGGACGAUGAGAUCGAUAUCGAAGAAGAAACUCCGUAUUGUAUACCGAUAUUGACACACGACAGAGCUAAUAGGAACCCUUUCAAGAGCCUGGAAGUGCACUGCCUCUUGCUGCAAAAGGUCGAAACAAAUUCUAUUGGAUUCAGAAGGAUCGGUAGCCUUCAGGUGCUUCUGGAUUGGGAGGCUGAGACUACAGAAGAGUUUCGAUGGAUCACAGACUUUGCUAGAGAUGAAAGUCCCCUGGUACAGGGUUUAGAUAUGUUGAUGAUAUACUAG